AUGGCCGCCCACGUGGUAGUGGUAUGCACCGGUGUGACAACAGCCAACAGACUGUCUAUCAUCGAUCAUCAAACACCCUCAGGAGUCUCGACCGUCCUCGUGCGUUGCAGAUUCAAAUCCGUGCAGAUCCCCACUGGAUCGACUUCUAAGAACGUGUUCCAGCGUAUUCCCUGCUCCUCUAGGACCAAUUACCAGGAUUCCGCCAAACGACAGUGCGGGCUCUGCAAGCAGAAUAUCCCGAGUAUAAUGUCGGAUCGGCUCAUGGACAACUGUUACCCUCCACUGGACGCCGUGGAAUCCCCUCGGAUUAUUGACCUGAGAGGCGGCGGCUGCGAUUCGUCCAACGGCUUGACCGAGCCUUCUUUGCGCCAAGAAAUCAUCGAUGGUCUCACCAGACAGACGCUGGUGGUCCCCGGGAACGCGCCGGAAGAUCGCUCUUUCGCUUAUUCCAAACUCAUUCCUACCGCCAGUUCGAUGCCCCAUUCUUUCGGGCCAAUUAGCUUCCAUUGGUCGAAACCAUCCAAUUUUCCACAUUUAUGUAAAUUCCCGUGCGGGCCGUUGGAGCUAUUACAUAUCAGCCCGCCACCCCCAUGCAUGAUGGGUAAAUCUCACCGGCUUUCGGUCGCCCACACGUCGACGAGGGCUGAGACGCGGGAAAGCGGCCUAAAUGAACGCCAAGCCGUCCCGAGUCCCGGCUGA